GUAACCAUUACCCACUGUGUCUUAUACUGCCAUGCCCUUGCAUCCAAAAGUCUACCACAGGAUUUCAAGGACAUUAUGACGAACGUAGUCUCGGUUGUGAAUUUCAUACAUAGUCGAGCUUCGAACCACUGUCAGACUAUUCCUAGCCCUUUGCAAAGAGAUGGGGAGCGAGCACGAAGUUCUGCUCUAUCACACCGAGGUGCGAUGGUUAUCCCGGGGACGUGUGUCUUCACAAGAGUAUACGAACUUAGAAAAGAAAUUGAUUUGUUUUUGCGCGACAAAGGUAAUACGCUGCAUGAAAAAUUGAGCGAUAAUGACUUCAUUACUUCACUGGCAUAUAUGUCUGACGUAUUCACAUUGCUCAAUGAGCUCAAUACUUUGCUUCAAGGCCGUCAAGUUACAUUCAUUGACGCGCAAGAGAAGAUAGCGAGCUUCAAACAAAAUCUACAGCUUUGGAAGCGACGCACAGACAGAGAAAACUAUGCCAGUUUCCCAACUCUAGACAGCUAUUUGGAGGAAAUGGACGAUGGACAGCUAUCAGCAUAAGCUAAAAUCAUCCCAGAAGGAGAAGGUUCGGCAGUUCAUAGCUUUCACCAACACUGGAGAGAAGACUGCCAUCUUCUGUUUGACACAGCAUGACUGGAAACUCGACAUUGCAUCUGAUAACUACUUCCAGAACCCUGACGGAUACUACCGGGAACCAAAGUCCAGUGUCGACAAGAAAAAACUAGAUCAUCUUUUUAAUAAAUAUAAAGAUCCGCACGAAGAUGACAAGAUGACGGCCGACGGAAUCAUGCGGUUCCUUGAGGACCUGAACCUGAGCCCUGAGAGCAAGCUAGUUCUCAUCAUGGCGUGGAAGUUCAAGGCUCAAGCGCAGUGCGAAUUCACGAAAGAAGAGUUUCUCCAAGGGAUGAUAGAAAUAAGUUGUGAUACAUUAGAAAAGCUAAAGAGGCAACUGCCACAUCUAGAACAGGAUCUUCGAGAUCAGCAUAAGUUUAAAGAUUUCUAUAGUUUUACGUUUAACUAUGCGAAAAAUCCAGGACAGAAAGGAUUAGAUCUUGAUAUGGCAAUAGCAUACUGGACAAUAGUGCUCACGGGACGAUUCAAGUUCUUAGAUCUCUGGUGUCGGUUUCUUAUGGAGCAUCAUAAGAGAUCAAUUCCAAAAGACACGUGGAACUUGUUGUUAGACUUUAGUAAUAUGAUAGAUGAAGCCAUGAGCAACUAUGAUGAAGAAGGAGCGUGGCCAGUCUUGAUAGAUGACUUUGUGGAGUGGGCACGACCUCUCUUGUCUACACAGAGCAGUAGGAUGACAAACGUUUGACACAUGCUUGCCAUCCGACACCCAUUACCAACCGUAGUAAUGUAUUUAGCCAAGUCUAUUGUUUGCCAGGUGAAUAAAGUGAAACUUUCGUUUCUGACGUGAGCACUUUUUAAAUGUAAAGAAUUGUGAAGUGGGAGAAAUGCAGCAGCAGCAGCAGCAGCAGCAGCAGCAGGAGGCAGUGCUUUUAUGAGUGAACUUUGCACAUUGCGCUGUCCUGCAUAGCACGGUCAACAUCUGAAUGUACUCGGUCCGUGUCGAAAUGUGAACUGAACAGUUAUAAUCUCAACUGUCGAAUUCGGCGUGCGUCAUGUCCACCUGAGGUUUUGUUGACAUUCGCAGCUUCGCUUCAGUGUCUUUGGCACGGCGUUUCGAUCAAAUGGUUAUUCUCUGAGGCUCGUCAUGCUAGGUCGGCCGUUACUAAGUGCAGCGACGAACUCGGCGGGAAGUGAAAGGAAUGUUAAAUAUUAUAUUAUAUGCCGAGGAAACUGAGCCGAAGCUCAGCUGGCUUCAUUCGGCUGCAACCAACGGUAGUUCGUCGUAGUGAAUGGUCUGAACUGGUGAAUAGUGUCACGUUCGCGUGUUCCGGCGUUCGAAUGUCUUGCUAACAUCCGUACGACGGAUCCAGGGUUCUACGUGUAGAGCGGAUGUUUCCACGCGAGGCAGUCGCAUGUUUGCGUACGUUUGGUGGUACAUGUUUGUGCCGUGUCACUGUAAACUAGGUGUGUAGGCACUAACAUGGGAGGGAAACCGGCCGAUAGACUGAUCCAAACGAGGCACAAAACAUUGAGCAGUGUCUGGGAACCCUUCCUUGAUUUUUUGUACUGUAAACACAGCUUGUGCAUAGUGCACACGUUAUAACUGUGUACCCUACGCACAUUCUAACUGUGCAACUUAAACACGUUCUGUGUACCCCACACACAUAUGUUACACACAGACUAACUGUGUACCUUACACUUAUUCUAACUGUGUAACUUACACUAAUUCUAACUGUGUAACUUACACUUAUUCUAACUGUGUAACUUACACAUGAUUUCAGUGUGAGUUGUGUACACAUUCUGUACUGACACUGUACGAUUGUCAGUCAAAGGCGUUCGUUACACACAGCUGUUCUCCAUCUUCAUUGACAACUUGUCCAUCUCUGUCACACUAACUGAUUAAUAUCGAUGACUAAUAUAGUAACACGUGAUUCGAGCUGUAGCAUGAGAAAACCGUAAAUUUAUAUCUUGUUCUUUCGACUUCGAUCACAUGUUUGACGUAGGUCUGUCGCGGAAGGCCCAUGUUUAUACGUGCUGUGAUAGACUCACGCAACAGCAGCAGCAGCUGCCAUCUCCAGGCUGGUUUUCCCAUUGAAACAACUGUUUUGUUACUGAGUAACUGAAGGCAGAGUAACACCAAUGGGUGAAGGGGGAGCAUUUCGCAUGUUCACAAGAUUUACAUGAGAAAACGAUGUUGUUAUGAGUGUUUGGUCGCGUGUUACAGUUACAUGCAUUUUACGAAAUGAGCAAGUACUUCUCUGUUUUUUUUAAUUUUCUGUAUGAUAGUAUGAGUGAAUGUAUAAUGGUGAAUAACUAGUGUAAAUUUUAACUGA